CAUCUCAUAUCAAUAAUGAAGAACGCUUUUAAGAACCUGGUUUUGUCUGGAGGAGGAAAUCGCCGGAAGAUGUUCCAGGCAGCUGCCGCCUCAUCCUCCGCCGGUUCAGGCGACGAUGACGGGAACCAUCCGCCGCCGUCUCCGUCGCAUUUGCUUCCGCUUCCGCCGCCGUCGCCGUCGGAGUUUCCGCCGCCGUCGUCACCAUCGGGGUUACUUUCGCCGCCGUCACCAUACAAUGUGAUACAGCAGGCUGAAGAAGAGAGAAAGAAGAUCCAGCAAAGGGAGGAUACACGCCUAGAGUUUCUGAAGAAGACUGUUGAAAUGAAGAAUGAGUCUCAGUAUUGGUUCAAGAAGUGGGAGAUGAAGCAGCAGGGUGAAGAAGUUUCUGAGCUGGAGAGAGCUCCGAUGAUGACAGAAGAGGAGCUGGAGAUCUGGGCUAAGGAGGAAGAGGAAGAGGCUGAGGCAAAAGAUGGCAAGGUGUGGGAUAUCGAGGAAAAAAUUUCCUACUGGGAGGAGCAGCAUGUUCACUUCGUCAUGGAGUCGAAGUAUUGGGAGUUAAGGUAUGAAUACUUAGGUUUAUCUGACUAAGUGUUCUUCUAGAUCCAUCUGAUAAUAAGUGGCUUGCGUUCUA